AUGGGACAACAAAACAUUAUGAGCUUCUUCUCCCUGAAGAAUGAUGGGAAAGCAACUGAGAGCCUCAAAAGACGAAGGCAAGAAAGCGAUGAUGGGCCAGUCAAGAUCCAAAGAACUGGACAGAGUCUGCUGAAGGAGCUCCACGAAAAGGAGCCUGAAGCUUCUGCUUCUGAUGGAUCGAAUAAUGAGACUACUCAGAAGGACGAUGAUGGAGCUCCGAAGGGUACAAUUGUUGAGGAAGCGUCCAAGCUUGUCAAAUUGGCAGAGAAGGAGCAUGUGCAUAAGGACCUUGGAAAAGGUGACAAAUUCCCUUACUCAAAGAUUACAAAAAUGCUCGAGAAGAUUGAGCAGGAGUCUUCUAGGUUGCAAAUGACCGCCCAAGUCUCUAAUUUCUUCCUAGAAGCCUUGGAGAAGUAUGGCCUGCCUGACAAACUUGUCACAAUUGUAUACUUAUUCAUCAACCGUUUAGGCCCGGACUAUGAGCCCGAUCUUGAGUUGGGCUUGGGUGAAUUUAUUUUGAUCAAGGCAAUCAGCUCCUGUUAUGGAAGAGCCCUGGCGCAAAUCAAAAAAGAUUACGAUGCAACCGGUGAUCUUGGCCUUGUUGCUCAGAAGUCACGUUCUGGUCAGCCUCCAAUGUUCAAACCGCCUCCUCUUGAUAUUGACUCCGUUUUUGAAAACCUCACAAAGAUCGCCAAAACGACAGGAAAGGAUUCACAGGGCAAGAAAAUUAACAUCAUCAACAAGAUGUUAGCAGCUUGCGAUUUGAACAGUUUCGAAGCCAAAUUUCUUAUAAGAUCGCUUGAAGGCAAAUUGAGAAUUGGCCUCGCAGAGAAGACUGUUAUCGUGGCCUUAGCGCAAGCUUUUCUUAAUUACGAAAGCAAGGGCAAACGUGUCUCCCCAAAUACAUUGGCCGAGGCUGAGAAUAUAAUGAAGGAGGCAUUCUCUCGUAUACCAAAUUAUGAGGUUAUAAUACGAAAGAGUUUUGAGCAUGGUGUCAUGAACUUACUCGAUCAUUGCAGUUUGACGCCCGGCAUACCGUUGAAACCAAUGUUGGCUAAACCAACGAAAUCUGUCGGUGAGGUUUUGGAUAGAUUUCAAGGAGAAGAUUUCACUUGUGAAUACAAGUACGACGGUGAACGAGCACAGGUUCAUCUUUUAGAAGAUGGAACUGUUCGGAUUUACUCUCGUAAUUCCGAGGACAUGUCUCAAAGAUACCCAGACUUAAUUGCUAUUACUAAAGACCUUAUCAAAAAGACUGACGACGACCUGACUUCCGACACGCCAAAAUCACUCAUUCUUGAUUGUGAAGCGGUUGCAUGGGAUCGAGAAGCGAAAAAGAUUCUUCUGUUCCAAACACUCUCAACCAGAAAGAGAAAAGAUGUCAAUGAGGCUGAUAUCAAGGUUCACAUUUGUCUAUUCGCCUUCGAUUUGUUGUACCACAACGGUGUCUCCCUCAUCACAAAAUCGUUGAGCGAGAGACGUCAAGUGUUAUUCGACAACUUCCAGACAAUUGAGGGAAAAUUCCAGUUUGCAAAUCAUGUGAACUCGUCUAAUACCGAUGAGCUCCAGGCAUACUUGGAGCAGUCCGUAAAAGACUCUUGUGAGGGUUUGAUGGUGAAAAUGCUACAUGGACCCGAAUCAUAUUACGAGCCUUCUAAGCGUUCUAGAAAUUGGCUCAAGCUUAAAAAGGAUUAUCUCGACGGUGUGGGUGAUUCGUUGGACUUGGUUGUAGUGGGCGCCUACCGAGGCAGAGGAAAGAGGACCGGUGGUUACGGUGGAUUCCUUUUAGCGUGCUACAACGACGACACUGGCGAGUAUGAAACGGCUUGCAAGAUUGGUACAGGCUUCUCAGAAGAAGUAUUAGCAUCUUUGAGUACUAAACUUAAAAGCACUGAGAUUGAAAAGCCGAAGGCUUAUUAUACCUAUGACACAACAACAUCGAGUGCUCUUCCUGAUGUCUGGUUUGAACCCACCACAGUCUUUGAGGUUUUAGUUGCCGAUUUACAGUUAAGUCCCAUUUACAAGGCGGCUCAUUCAGAAUAUGGCAAGGGUAUCAGUAUGAGAUUUCCUCGAUUACUUCGUGUCAGAGAUGACAAGGGAGUCGAAGAUGCUACUACUUCAACUCAAGUGGCUGAAUUUUAUGAGAGUCAAGCUAAUGUGAAUUAA